GCCCUCUAGUGAGGGGCGGUGCGGCCCCGGCUCCGCCCCGGCCCGCAGCAGCCAUGGCCGGUUUGGAGCCUCUGUACGCCUGGGCAAGGCCCGCCAUCUCCCGUCCGCAGGACGCUCUGGUCUGCGGCAUCCACUGGGAGCUGAUUCGGCACGGCUACCGCUGCCUGGGUAUCGGCGACCAGCCAGGUCCUGAUGAAAGGAAGUCAGAGCUGUUGCCUGCUGGCUGGGAAGCCAACAAGGAGGUGUAUACACUGCGCUACAAGUCCACAGAUGAUGCCCAUGAGCUGCUGCUGAAGGCCAUCAUGGUGGAGGACAGUAUGAUCCUCAAUGUCAUGGAUCGCAGAUCUCAGAAGGUCGCAGAUGUGACCUUGGCAGUGGCUGACUACAUCAACUCAGAGCACCUGGAUGAUUUCCACAAGGUGUACAAGAACACCGAGGAGCUGAGGACAAGAAUCACUUCGGGCAUCAUUGCUCCCCUUGGGCCCCCUGCAGGAAAGGCCAGAACGGAGCCUGAGUCCAAAGAAGAUGUGCCCCGGGAUGAGAACCCGCUCCGGCUCCCUCCCCGGCAGCCGAUGGGCACAAGGGCCCCAUACAGGCCUUCCCCCUUGAGCCCCUUUGCUGUUGGUGGAGAAGACCUGGACCCUUUUGGAGGUCGGAGUGGGGGAAUGAUUGUGGAUCCUCUCCACUCUGGCAUCCCACAUCCUAGCAUUGACCCAUCCUCAGGCAUCCCAGGCCGGCUUCCCCCAGGAGCUGUUCCACCAGGCGCCAGAUUUGACCCCUUUGGCCCCAUAGGAAUUGGGAGAUCCGGGCCGGAUCCUGACCACCUUCCUCCUCCAGGCUACGAUGACAUGUUCAUGUGAGGAGUCACCACGUGGCUGCUCGUGAACAGGUUUUCUGGGAAGCAGGGGCACUUUGCCUCUUCACUCCUCAUCUGAUGGAUGUGAUCUUUCCAGCAGCGUUUCCCUUCUCUCCGUUUUGGGCCACAUUCCCUUGUGUCCCAUCAGCUAUAAAGGCUUCCCUGUUUGCAGAAUGGAAGAGGAGGCAGUAGUAGGUCAUUUCUUUCUCUGCUCCUCUGAGGGUGCCUGGCCGUUUGCACCCAGCAAGCUGGGAGCAUGGGGUGUGGCACUCUGGGAAUGGCCUGGGUGCUGUGGGAUUUCUCUGCUUCUCUGGGGUGGCAGAGCUUGCUGCUGGGGUCCCACAAGUGGUGGGUAUGAGGAUGGAGUUGGCUCCUUGCUGCUCCUCUGCAGGAAACCACAGCAACCUCCUGAAGGGGACAGCUGGAGUGGGCUCCCCACAGAGUGGGGUUCUCUCUUGCUCUGUAUCUGAGCAAGAUGCUUAUUGAAGGGCUUGAAAGCCUAACCCACAGGGUCUCCAUGGGCAGACCCCCAGCAGCAGCUGGGAUUACUGCCGUGCCUGCUAGCUUUGAAGAGCAGCACCAGAAAAGGCUUUGAUGUGCAUGAGAAGAGACAUAGAUUAAAUUCCUGGCUCACCUUGCCCCCUCUCUUCCCUGAAGCCAUGGUGUUUUUCAUUCCUGGGGUGUCUGUGAAGCCCUGCAGGCAGUGUGGCAAGGGUGCCCACUGGGCACUGCAUGGAUCUGGAGUAAGAGGGAGGGAGCUGUGCAAAAGAGGUUUCUCAAACAUGUUUUGCUACUGCCAGUCUUGUGUGUGUGGCUCUGCCUGGCUGGCUUGGGGAGGAUGGGUGAGAUCUGCUUGGCUCAGGCUCCUGAGCUCUCUAGAAGCCUCCCUUCCCUACAGAUUGCCCAGCUCAGUUGAUUUGGGCCUGCAGCUCAUCUCUCUUGUCAGGGGGCUCAAACUGUUUUUCUUCUCGUGUUUGAUCUCUUGGAAGAAUGUUCAUAAGACUGAAAUAAAAACCUGACAACAGCGUUGUGCUGGUGCGUA